AUGGCGAUCGGUGAGCGGAAAUUUUUACUCGUCGCGGUGGAAUUUCUCGAAGUGGGUGGAAGCCGACCCGCUUGCCAGAAUCAUCGAGCAAAUGAUCAUCAAAAUUGUUUGGCAGAGCAUCAUUUGCUGUUUGACAUCCCACGCCGACUUGUAUCUGACAAUGAAAGACAGUUCGCCGGUCAGAGGCUCAGAGAGUGGUGCGAGAGCUAUGACAUCCAACAAGCCUCUGUGGCCUACCCCCAAGGCAACGGGCAAGCCGAAAUCGCCAAUCAGGAGAUCCUUAGAGUUUUGCGCGCUCGGCUCGUCGGAGGCAGCUGGGUCGACGAACUCCCCAACGUAUUAUGGGCCCUCUGCACGAUCCCGAAGGAGGCAACCGGCAUGAUCCCCUUCCAUUUGGUAUACGACAGCGAGGCAGUCGUUCCCAUGGAGGUCGGAGUAGAAUCCGAUCGGGUGCAGCACUACGACAAAGGAAACGUCGAACGGAGGCUCAUGGAGCUCGACUUGGUGGACGAAAUGCGGGCAAAAGUAGCGGUUCGGCUAACGGCGUAUCGACAACGGAUGAAACAGAACUAUAACCGGAGAGUGUGGCUAUCCGCGAGUGCCCUCGGAGGCAUCAUCGCUGCACAGGCCCGAGCAUCCUCCCAUAUCUUGGCGAGCGGCCCCUGGAUGAUGAUCUGGUGCUCCGAAACUCGGGACUCAGCGCUGGAUUCGCGCCACUCCUCGGUCGGGAGGUGUAAAAUCACCGUAAUAUGGCGUUGGCUGCUCGAGGCCGGCUGUGCAGAAGUGACCCUCCCGGACGGCCGUGAUGAAGAAGCCGGUCGGAUGCCCGAUUUCUUGAUCUUCAACUGUGGUGGCAGGAAGGCCACCGACGGCGCGCAGACUGCCCCCUGA